UCAUGAAACCCCCGUUGUUUUGUAUCAAGAAAAUGCAAUGGCCGCCAUCUUCGACUCUUGUGAAUGUUUUGGUCGUAGUUACGGACUUUGAGGCCUAUUUAUUACGUGCUAUGCAAUUAUUUGAUGGAAAUAGUUUCGCUACGUCCUACGUGUUGUAAAAUUGCUUAUAUACAGUCACAUGAAAUAAAAUUUGGGGGCCGAGGUGCACUCCAAGGCGUCAUCUCGGGUUUGACCCAAGAUGAUAGUAUAUACGUUAUGUCAGCCACACCAGAAUACGAACCAGCGGCCCGGCAAGAUUACGGGCCGACCACCUCCAGUGAAAAUGUAUAUGAACAUGUAUUGGAUCACAAAUUAGCGAAUAUGAAUGUAUCUAGUGUGAGAACUCCUGUGUUGAGGGCCCUGCCCUUGUCUCCCACUGAAGGUGAUCCUGAACCUGAUUCUACAAACCCUGAAAGUAUCAUUCAAUCUGUGCACAAAGUAGACAAAGAAGUUGAAUAUCACAUUGCUGAGAAACACUGUGAUACUGACAUGUCUGUUGAUUCCCUCUGUGGUGGCAUUGUCAGGCUUGGAGAGGCCAUAGAUAAUGUUGGACGCCCAUCAUAUCCUAUACUACAAGAAACAGAAGAUUCAAAUGACAAUUAUGUAGAAAAUCCCACAACCCUUAUACAAGCACCACUGAGUACUGCAAUUGUUCAAAAUGUAACUAAAUUGCCUCAGAACUUUACAAUAAAUGUUGAUGCAGCUGUUGGAAACAUUACAUCUAUACAGAAUGUACAAGAUGUAUCCGGAAACCAAACCUUAUGGCUGCCUACGAUACUUGCCACCAGUGCUGCUACUAAUGACCCCAAUAAGAUAGAUGAUGAGAGAUCACAAGCUGGUGUGUCACAAAUCAUUAUCACUAGUGAGAGCUAUGUUAACGAUGCCAAUCAAGCAAGAAGAGCAAACAUUGUUGCUGAGACUAACUUUAUAAGCAGACCCAAGACUUCUAAAGUCCAAAUAUUAAGUAACAUAUCUAUUCCCAAGAACCCAAAUUACAGCCAACAAUAUUUAACGGGAAAGGAAAUUGCGCCUGUAUAUGGAACUCAAAAUCAUGUUUACAAAUUGAGCAAUUCAGUUCUUUGCACUAAACCUCCGAAAAAUCAAUCAUUGAUUGGAUGCUCUACUCUACCGCCAAAUGUUGUGAACAAUAGCCCAAUUAAAAAUACGUCCUACAGUCACAAUUUUACCAAAAGCACAAACCUAAAUAAAACAUUGAAUAAGGUAAACAAUGGUGCUAAUCUUAAUACUAUGGUUGCUGCCUCAUCAGGUAACUCACAAUGUCAUAUAUUGUCUCGUGUGGUUUCUGGACCCAAUAAAAUGUCUGUACAUUCUGGAAGAAAAUCAGUAAACACUUUUAAGGGUUCAAAAAACUCUGGACAAGUUUCUAACCAAAAGAACCAAUCAAGGCCAAUAAAAAUAAUACAACAGACUGGGUCAAUUAACAAAUCAGAGGCAAAAACUUGGCCAGUUGCCAGUGUCACAUACAAGAACCAGCAGCCAAGUUAUGGAGUAACAGAGUCAAAUACAUCGAAAGUCAUCCAAAAAGUAGGCAGUCCCACACAUAAGAGUCAACCUCUAUCUCUAUCAAAAUUUCCUCCAAAAACAGAACGUUUAGUGUUACAGUCGCCCUGUGGACCUGUUCUGAUUUCUACAGCUCCAAUAAGUACCAGUUUACCGAAGGGUCCUCAUUAUGUGCAGUCAGGAUCUACACCUAAUUUGCGAUAUGUUCAAACAUAUGGAACUGCAGACAAUCCAAUAUCAACAGUAUCGCAAGUUACUAACCAACAGUUAACUGCCCAAAUAUUGCAGUCCUUAUCACAACCCAAACUGAUGUUGCAACCCAAUCCCACAUCAAUCAAUCAUAAUCUUACUCCUUUACCGCCUACACCCGAAGAACCAGUAGAAGUUAAACCAGCCAAUCAAAAAAGAAUUGUUGUUGGCGAUAAAACAACAUUACUCACUGAAGACGACAUUAUCGGCAUGGAAGAAAGACCAAACCUUUCAGAAGAGCUAAGAAGAUAUUCUUUCCAACCCUUAGCCUUUGUGAUGUUGGAUCACACAUACGCUCAGCCCGCGCAAAAGCAGCCUUCAGCCACUCCGCCUACGACGCCGGUAUCCACUGGCCCACCUCCCACUAUAAUUUCACCCACAUUAACUACAUCUCCUAUGAGUCCCUUAAAACGUAAUUCACCCGUAAUCAUGUCCACAGCGUCUUAUGAAAUGCCUUUAGCAGUGCCUACUAGUGUUAUUGGAACACCUGUACCAGUUUCUUCUAUACAAAUGGCACCGGUUACAUAUAAACCCCCACCACCUCCACCGCCAGACGACGACGCUGCUUCAGUUAUUUCAUCGAUUGACGGAGAUCGGAAAGCCAACAGGGGAGGUAGCGACACUGAAACCGCGCCUGAAGGCGAGGAAGAAGGCAAGACAAGAUGCAUUUGUGACUUCACUCACGACGACGGUUACAUGAUUUGUUGCGACCGUUGCGGUGAGUGGCAGCACGUCGACUGUAUGGGCAUUGACAGGCAGAAUAUACCAGACGCAUACAUGUGCGAGCUCUGCCAUCCGCGGUCUAUAGACCGACGACACGCUCGAGCCAUACAGUUGAGGAAGAGAGAAGAACUCAGCGCCCUUGGUGCGUCAGAUACGGACUCGUCUGAAAGCAGCCGUCCUCCAGGACAGAGAAGAAAGCGAUUGCUGACUGUCACCACAUAUACCAAUACAAGUGGUUCAUGUGUCACCACAUACAACUCUACUAUACCAGUGCUUCCACCAAUUCCACAACCAUCGACACUGACUUUACCUAAGCGAGGACCUAAGAGGCCGAAGAAAACGGAAGUUGUACGAAAAGGCACGAAAAGAAAACUAUCGGAAAAACGUGUAAAACGGAAAAAAGAAAUGAUGCUUAACAGAAGUAAAUACAGUUCAACCAUGUCGAAUCAGUCACACUUCCAAGACUCUUAUGAACUUGCUGUGACGAACCAUUACAGUCCAGAGUUGAGGGCUAAGAUUAUGAAAUAUAGCAAUAAACUUGGUAAUACUCCUAACAUGGCGUAUGCUAUGAACGCGCAUUUAUGUACCACUGUGCCCCAUGCAGGUGGAAAGAUUCUGAUUGCUACUAAGGACUUGAAAGAAAAUACUCCAGUAAUAGAGCUACGAGGCAAAUAUAUGUUAUCAAACCAGCAUAGACCACAACUACAAAAUACUGCGAGAGCAGGUAGCCAGAAACCGGGACCUUUUGUCUUCUUCUACAGAUUACCUAAAGACAACACGCAAAUAUGCAUAGAUACUAGAACAUACGGGAAUGAAGCAAGAUUUGUACGUAGAUCUUGUAAACCAAAUGCCGAGUUGCAACACUGUAUAGUUAAAGGCACAUUACAUGUUUAUUUAGUUAGUAUUGGAGUAAUCCAGUCUAACACUGAGAUAACUGUUGGACAUGAUGCGGAUGGCAGCAAACAGCCAUGUGCUUGCGGAAAUCCGAAACAUUGUAAAGUGAAUGGUCUCAACACGUUAGCGUCCCGAAAGAGUGUGGACUAUCCGCCUAGAGAGAAAAGAAGCAGAAAUAGAUGCUUCAGUUCUUCAUCUCCAGUAUCUCCACCGCUCCCUCCUGCCGCCACUACUCCAGUUAAAGAAUAUGUACAACAAAUAUCUGCGAUGAAAUCCGAAAAGAAAUCUCCACAGCAAAUUAAACAUGAAUACCCUCCACUAUCACCUGUGAAGACAGCAGUAAUGGCAUUGAACUUUGAUGAACCGCCUAAACCUGAGCCGAUAGAAGAUAUUAAAACUGAAAUAGAUCUGAUAGCCAAAGAGGAGAUGAAGCCUGAAGAAGAUGAACGUGACUACUGUUGUAAGCCGGAAACUGUUGAAACUAAAUUUGAAGAAAUAAAACACGAGUUAAUCCCACUUCCACUCGAUGAAGAACCUAGACCAACAAUCAUUUCUAAAGCGGAAGUAAAGGAGGUGAAGGAAUUUAAGAUAGAGAAGGAACCCGUGUAUUCUGAUGAAGAAAAACCAGAAAAAGUAGAAGAAAAGAAACCUAAAGAAGAAAUAAAAAUGGAAGAAGAUAGACCAGUGACUAGAGAAUUUAUGGCUAAGUCAGCGUGCCAUGACAGAUCAUCAAGGUCCAGUCGGACGACUUGCGUGAAUCAAGACUCUCUGGAUGAUAAAACUGAUGAUUCUCAAGAUAAAAUACAGACUAAUAACAAAGAGAAAGAAAAGAGAAAGAUGGUGAGUUCGAAAAACUCAAGUGAAACUCAGCCUCCAAGCCUUGGGACGAGACAAAAUUCUAAACCUGUAUCUAAAUUACAGACGCGCGAGGAACGUAAGAUGGAAGCUAUAAUGAAGGCGUUUGAACGCAUGGAAAAAGCUGAACAGCGCAAACAGGAAGUGAAAGAAAGGCAGAAGAGGCGAGAGUCUGAUCCACAUCCCAAUGCUAAUGAUAAGGAUGAAGAUGAUGAAGUUCACAACACUACUAAAAAGAGGAAAAAGCGCAAGGGUCGUGCCCGUACAACGUCGCAGUCGAACCGGCGGCGUCUGAACUCUGCGGACAGCGAUAUGGUGACGUCGGGCGACGAGGCUCAGCCGCCGCCGCUCACUCCGCCCCGGCCGGGCCCGCCGCGCCGCGACAGUGCGAUUCCUCCACCCAACGUCGACCACGACCGCACUACUGAUGGGCCACAUGAAGAACUCGGCUUGAGCUCUGCAUGCUUAUUAGUUGAAGCAGCUGUAGGUUCUGUUGAAUCCGCCUUUAAAUUACCAAAAACUAAGAAAACAAUGGCGACUGAAUGGAUAGGAAGGUCGCCUGAACGUACACCAUCACCUUAUAGGUCUCCUUACAGACCAGCCUUGGUCGCCGCACCGUCAUUAGAAAGUCUGGUUAGAGUCGCAUCGACUAUGAUUGGGGAUCUAAGUGGAGGGAAUGACUUGGAACCUGAAGAAGACAGUAGAGCUUCGCCCCCUAGAACACCGGGGAGGGAUCGAAAUAAACCUCCGAAGAAAGCCAAGCGAAUAACGAGGAGUACGCCGCCUGCCGAGGUGGCCGAGGUAGUGCCGCCAGUGAUACAACAACACAGCGCCAAGAAGCGGUGGCUGCGGCAGGCCAUCAGCGAGGAGAGUGACUCGCCUGUUGCAGACGUGUUUGUUUCAGAAUCACCACCCAACGAAAUGGUAACGCCAUUGAAGAAACGACGACUAGCAAGAGAGUCUCUUUCAUGUGAACAGAACAAUAUUGUGCCUUGUAAUGAAGAAACCUCGCCUAUUUUAACGUCAGAAGACUCUCCGGUCAAAGAUGACGUGCAACCCUUGACGAGGCAAUUUAAAGUCAGAAAUAUUAUGUAUGAUAGUUUAUAUGGUAGAGAUAGAACUCGUUCGGACAGCGGACAGGGCUCUGAUGACCAAUGCACCAUAGAUAAUGACAUGUUGAACAUGAAUAUAAAAGGUCCACAUGACAGUGAGAACAUUAGGAGAAUAAUAGGAGUUCCAACACCUGAAGAUGAACUCCCACCUGAAAUACCUAAACCUGACGAUAUAAAAGCUAACAACAAUAAUGUUGAAAUGGAUGAAAGUAAUUAUAAUAAAGUAGUGCCAAUGGAAAUAGAUACAACAAUACCUGCACAGCCAAAAAUACAAGAGUCUAUCGAUCUUAGUAUAGACGUGAAGGGAAUCGAGAGCCCAAAUGAUAAACUAAAUAGCUGCCAGUCAGCAGACACGAGUGGAAACUCGUCACCACAACGCGACGAGAUGGAUGAUAUACAGAAGAAAAUACAUUCAUUUCACACAGAGAACAUACAAAUAUUAAAGAGUAGAAAUAAAAAACCCAAGGAAAAGCGAAAGAAAGUGAACCUAAACUUCGACCUCAACAUGGUGGAUGAUCAGAUUAGCGUGCAGCUCCGAACGGAGAAUGACACGUCUAAAUCCAUAGAAAUUAAUGGAGACAUUCACGACGACAUGAGCAAUUCAGUUCAUGAUGACGUCAAAGUUCAUGUUUCGCCAGAGAACAUACCUCUGCCGCCUGUAGAGUCAAUACCUCUACCUGCACCCGAGAACAUACCGCUGCCCGAAGAACCAAGUCCGAUGCCUGUAAUACCGCCUCCGGAAACUAUACCUCUACCAGAGGAACCCAUGAAACCUGUGAAAUCAAUUCGUCCAGCAUCACCUGUUGUAGAAAAGCUUGACAAAAUUGAGAAACCCUUCUCAAUCGACAGGCCGUCCGUGUUAGAGAAUUCAACGCUACCUUUCUCGUCGCGGUUUAGUUCAACAGGACUAUUCUCCGGUAUAUUCAGCAAUAUGUCUCAGUCGUUCAACAUGGACAAUUCAAUAAAUGAGAACGUACCGAACAUGUCUAUAAUAAAGAGUGCAAUAGAUAGGACUACAAGUUUAGAUAGUAGUUUAUUUGACAAGGACAGUAUUACGCCAGCAGACGAUCUGAAGAGCGUCCAGGAGAUAUUAACGCGAGUGAAUAAUAUGGACUCAAAUAACAGUGUAAUAUUAUCAGGGGUGCUCAACAGUUCAAAUAAAGCGAGUUUGUUAGCUCCAUCCCCCAAACCACUCGCAAAGCCUUAUUGCCCGCGAACCAACGACCCCAGACUGAACCCUCCGCCUGUAGAAAAACCUAAACCAGUAAGAAGGAAGCUCUCUAUAACGGAGUACCGUAAGCGGCACAAAGGCGGGUGUACGGAGGAGGGCGGCGGCGGGUCCUCAAGUGAGGCCGGUGAGACGGGGGAGGCGGGCUCCGGCGGGGAGGCGGCCCCCGAGUGGUCGAGCGAGUCCUCGGGCGCCGCCUCGCUGUCGCCGCAGCGCCUCGAUCAGGCCGCGCAGGCCGCCGCCGACGACCUCGAGCAGCGACUGCACCGGGAACUGGCCGCCUCCCACUUGCCUAAAGGUGUGUUUGAUGCUCAGCCGACAGCUACCGAGCGCCAAAGGGAAAACCUAAGCUUGCGAUUACGACGGGAGUUUGGUCUUGCCUUACCUGAUGACGAAGAGACGAGACCACCUACCGAAAACACCGAUGGCGCGGGCGGUGCGAAGCGGUGCGACAGGUAGUGGGCUGUGGGCUGUGAGCUCACUAUAAGACAUUAUUUUUGUAAAUCUCAGACGGAGUCACACCCGUCGCCUGUAUUAUAUAAUAACUAGUAUAAUGGAACUUUUCUAAGAGUGUACGUUAGAUGCGAUGCGCGCGUAUUGUAUAUUUCCGUUUCACUUCUACGUUUUUAUUUUCCACGGUUUUCUGCAAGUACAAAUUGUUUUUAUUUCCCUUUGUACAUAUUGUAUAUAGGAGAGUUAAGAUAUAUUAUAGGGAACCUAAUGGGUAACGUAUCUAUGUAUAAUGGUAUGAAAGAUUUUUUAUAUAUGUACAAUGUUUAUGUAUCUUAUUGAUAUAUUUAUUUAUUAUCGAUUUAUUCGAUAGUGCGUUUAGGGAAUGACGGCUAGGAUUUUUGUACGCAUAAUGUUUAAGUAAAUUAUAGUUGUUUUUAUUAUUUGUUUUAUGUUUUCUAGCAUAUAUAGGGGGUCCGAGGGCUCGUCCUAGUUCUAGGUCUCUUGUUAGUGUUAGAGGUUUCACGUGUAAUUUAGAGUCGUUUCAAUACAGAUACGCAUUCUCGCAUUAGCCAUUUGUAGAGGUUAAAUCUGUGUUAUAAUUUAAGUGGAGCGUAUUGUGCAAAGAUUAAUUUCUUUGGUCCAUCAUCACAAGGACGAAUGUUGAGGCAGCUGGGUAAUAGUGUUCGAAGUCAUGCCUGCGACACCACCCGGCACCAUUUUCUCUGCAUAGAUCGAAAGUGAAUAUUUAUUGGUUAUGUUUCAAGUAUUAUAAUUAUGUGGACGCUUUUGUUCAUAGUAAAAUAUAAAUUGUUUUAUAUUGCAGUGUUGCCAAGUGGUGUCGUGGGCGAUGUCCUAGUUUAACGUGGCUUUUGCAUCCAAAUUGGAUAAACGAGGUCGUGAAUCCUGACUGAUAUGAAUUGCAAUCACACUAGUACUAUACAUAGAAAUAUACCUGUUCUUUUAGAUACAGCAAAUUCGUAAAUGAAAGCAGUUUAUAAAUAGCACUGAUUACUUCUUGAUAGUACUGUGUGCUUUUUGUUAAUCGGACUUGCAGUGUAUUACAAUACAACAUGGAGGUUCAGAUGAGAUGUGUACUGUGUACAUUUGUUUUGUGUUGCUUCACAAGUUGUUUGUAACACACUGCAUACAAUGCAUAAUGUUAACAAAUGUAAACUAUCAUUUUGAACUCUACAGUUCAGAAGAUGUAUUCUACAACGCUUACGUUAUUUGUAAGAACUAAACUGCAGAGUUGAAAAUUGAGAGGACCGCGACAUUCUGUUAGUUUAUUGCUAUAAGUGAAUUGUUUAUAUGACAGAAGCUAUUGGACGUUAUAUUUACAAUUGUUAAUGUGUUGCCGCUUGUAUAUACUUCUAUAAUAACAACGAAUCGAUGUUGUGAAUAACCUCGGGCUAAAAUGGAGUUUAUCACAGAAGCACCCAGUGAUCUAAGGAAGCUAUGACCAGGCACUUGCAAAAUAUUCUGUUUGUUAUAUUUAGGUAGGUCUAGUACUCUAGUUUUAGUUUACAUCUUGUACGCGACAUUUAGCACUGAUGUGACUGAAUGCAGUCAGAAGUUGCUUCCUAAUAUUCCCAGUGCGAUAGUUGCCUAAACAGGUGUUACGUUUAGUUUAAUUAAUAACAAAAUAUUUAGUGUAAUAGAGUAGGUACUCUGUGAGUAUUGAAACAAGGGUUUACAUGUACAGUUGAUAAAUUGCUUUACCCAAACAUUUCUAAGUUUAUAAUUUUGCCUGUGACUUAUAUUGCAAUAAUUAACCGAAUGCAAUAAUUCUUUCUAAAAGAAACUUUCUGUGUAUUUAUAUUUCGUGCUUCAAUUAAAAUUAUAGCUAAUAUUUUGAUAGUGGUAAUUACUUAUCGGUGUUUCUAUUUUAUUGGUAGAUUUAACCACUACUAGGUAAAUCGAACUGUGAAUAUUGUUGCAAUUUAGGAUAAAAAUCUAUGUAGUCAAACUACGUUUAUAAGCCCAGUGUCUGACGUUUCAUCCAAAUUGUUGCUCAAAUUUUCUAUUGUGGGUUCCAGGAAAUUGGUUUUUAUAGGGAACCCUGUUUAUUAUUAGAUUGUGUGCUUUUUGAGGUCUGUCAAAUAGAAUGUUCUAGCAAAAGUUGCUGCUUAUUGCGUGUCAAUUACAUACAUGUACUAUUUAUUUGUCAACUCGCAAUUCCGGUGAAUUAAUUUAUUCAUGAUGAAAUAAUAUUUAAUUAUGAUUAGAUUUUUAUUUAUUAAUUUCAACAACCCAAGUGACUGUGUGUCUAAAAGUACAUAUCGAAAUUUCCAUUGAAUGCACAUAAUGAUUUCCUACUUCGUGCAGCCGUUUAGAAAGUCUAGAUAGUUGCACUUCCUUUGUUUACUUACCCGCGACGUCGGCUCGUCACUAAGCUACUACUUAAAAUUUAAGUGUUUUACGCAUAAUCUUAAAAAUGUUAGAUUCUAGUGAAAUACGUUGCAAUAAUACGCCUCGAAGGCAAAUAAAUACACAUAGUUGUUAACACACAGAAAAUAUAUUUUAACAGCUUUAUUUAAUCCAUGAUUUUAUUAUUUU